AGGUCACUCACUCCCAGACCUCGUACUGCCAGUCUGUCUGCCACCGGCUUCCCUCGUGCGAGUUGGCUGCUGCGAGUUGUGGGCGCGCGCACAAUCACACGCACUCUUCCACCGUAGUCCCGUCCCCGUCCCGAUGUCUGGGCACGCUCCGCCGCCGGCUCCUGGGCCGGGGCCCUCGACCCGCGAGGGCUCCCUCGAUGAGACUUUUCGUGCUUCAUCUCAUGUCGCUGCCGCCCCUCCUCCUCAUCACCACCAGCAGCAGCACAGUCCUCCUCAGCACACUGCCGAUAGUCCGUCACACGACUCCGUCCCCGGCCAGCACCCCUCGCGAACCAUUGGCAAGCUUGUCCUGGACAACACCACCAGGCCAACCACUCCCACUAGGCCGCCCAGCACCGUCAUCCGUCGUAAGCCUGUCUCCUCGACGGCCUCGCCCAUUGCUACCCGCUACUCCUCCGGCAGCUAUCUUGCUUCGUCACGGAACUCUUCCUCCUCCGUGCCGGCUGCCCGCUUCUCCCGCUCCUUCUCCGUCGACAGCCCGACGGUUUAUGAAUUUCCAGAGUCCGCCUCGAUUGACACCGUCGCCGGCCUGGGAAUAUCGAAUCCUCCUGAGCAGUCCCCCCACGUCAUCGCGGCACAGGACGACAAAGGCCUUGCCUCUGACACGCAAGGCUCCAACGCCGUUUCGUCCACACCGGUUGCCAGUGUCGCCGACAGUCGAGCGACCAGGCUCCCGACUGACGACGGCACCGCCCGCCAGCCGUCUUUAGCCAGCCAUACCAGGUCGCAGACAGGCCUGUCAGCGGCAUCCCUGGAGCAGGACGACUCGCCAGGAUAUACUCAUCUGCUCAGUGAGGGUGAGGACGAAGACGACCACGUGGAUGACCGGAAAGACGACGAGUCACCAGGAGACAACAUACUCGACGGAUACGCAAGUGACUCCUCCUACGGAUCCACCCCACUGCCAGAACGUCAAGAGACUAUGUCAUUACAUGUCAACAAGAAAUCCACACCACCACAUCUUGUCCUCAAGUCAGAUGAGGACGAAGGCCCACAGUCACCACCCAACAACACUCUGAGCCCGCCAAACACGGACAAACCGUUACCAAAGUCGCCCGCGUCUUCAAAGUUUGGCACAUUCUUCGGCUGGGGUUCCCCCGCGACGUCUGCUGCCGAACCAUCAGAGAAGACAUUCUCUCCACUUCCGUCGCCAUUCAACUUUUCAAAGACGACCAGCCUCUCCGAUGAUUCUUCGAGGAACACCAGUGGACUUCUCGAAACACCAAAGGCACUCCACGGCUCCUCAGGCUCUCGCGAAUACUGCGAGUCGUACCUUGCCACGCCGCCAGUCGGCUCAUCGGCGGCGGCCCAACUCGAAGAGAUGGAGGACGAACUAAAGGCCAUCUCGGUCGAAUUGGCGGCGUCCAUUCGACGCGAGAUGGACCUCGAAGACCUCGUAGACAGGUUACAAGCCGAGAGAGACAACCCAACCACAUUAGCCAGCAAGAGAACAAGUGAUUACUUCUCCGACUCUGGUUACAGCUCCGCCAAGUCCAGCGAGUACGACCAGUCUCGAGAAGAAGUUGAAAAGAUACAGCGACGCGCCGACCAAGAAAAAGCCCAGAUCAGGCUCGAACUCACCGACAAGCUUCAAGAUGAGCGAUCGCGACGGUCUGAGCUCGACAAGCAGAUCCGGGUGCUGUCAGAGAAGGCCUCACAGAUUGACCUUGCGCAGAUGAACAACCUCGAUGUGGGGGACCGCGUCAAAGAGCUCGAGUCCACCUGCGAGACCCUCCGACGUAAGUUGUCCGAGGAACGCAAGGUGAAGGAUAACUUUGAAGACCUGCUAGCCGCGCUGAGGGGUGAGCUGCAAAACACGUCUAAUGAGCGUGACAACCUGCGCGACGAGAUUGUGCCCAAUUUGCGAGCACGUGUUGAGGGACUCGAGAGCCAGGCCGCCGACAUUGAGAAGAUGACAUAUGAGACGACCAAGAUGCAGCAGGAGCUCCAAAUACUCAAGCAGGAGAAUACCACUCUCAAGCACUCCAAGUCGAUGCAGAGCAUAACGGAAGAAGGCGGCACCACUUCGCCACAGCUGUCGCGCUCAAACUCCAUCACUGGCGGCCUUAGGGCUCGACCCUCUUCCAUAUUAGGAGUUGGCGGAUUAUCCAGGUCCAAGACGGUUCGGUCGAACGAGUCCCGCGAUCAGCUAUCCGAGCGCCUCAAGGACGUGGAGGAACAGCGUGAUGCUCUUCAUCGCGCACUCAAGGCUCUUCUUGACCGCCAAGAGUUUCAGAACCGUGAAAACGCCAAGAAGAUCCGCAACCUCGAGCAGGAACGUGAUCGGUUUCUCAGCUCGUCGCCCCAGAAGGCGGGCUUCCAGGACGAGGUUUCCCGGUUGAAGUCGGAGAUUGCUGUGCUCCGCCGGCGCUCAGAAGAGGCCAUUGAGCAGAAGUGGCAGAUCGAAAAAGGUCUCGUUGGCCUUAAGAUGGACUUGGACCGAGCUCAACAGGAGAUUGCCUCGCUACGCAGCCUGCUUGACGAGAAGGACAUUUUGAUUCCCGAGGCUCUUGCCCGUGCCAGCAGUGGCAGCGACACCCCACUGGUUCCGGUCACCUCCGAGUCGCUGACAGCUACGUAUCGCGAGCUGCAGCAGGCAUACACCGCCUCUCUUGAGCGAAUCAAAGCCCUCGAAGACGGCUCGAAUGCCGACGAGAAGACGAAGCUGGCCUUGGAAAGGCUCGAGACGUCGCUGGCCUCUGUCGUUUCGGAGCGCAACAUUGCUCUGCAGGAUUCUGCGGCUUACCAAGCACAGCUCAACGCUAUCAAGGACAAAGAACGCGAGUACAUCGAGUCGGAGAAGGCGCUGGCUGAUGAGCUGAGCGAGUCUGCUCGGCGUGUUGAGGAGCUCGCCAUUCAGGUCCGCCAGCAGCUUGCGACUAACAACGUCCUUCGUGAGCGCAUUGCCGAGACGGUUGCGCGCGGAGAGACCGAGCACAAGGCGAACCGCGAGCGCAUCACAACAAUGCAAGCACGCAUGCGCUACCUUGAGGACAAGCUGGAGGCUUGCCAAGCCAUGUCUGAAGAGAGACUUGCUCGCCACGAAGAAGAGCUGCAGGAGCUCAAAGACAGCCAUGGCGCUCAGCUCCGUCGCAUGCGCGAGACCCGCCAAUCGGCGGGCCCCAAGUCGCCCAGGUCUCCGUUGUUCAGCAAGGGCACCAGGAACCCUCGCCUGAGCAUGACGACGUCCGGCGAGGCAGUCAGCCUCAAGGAUGACGUGCAGGUCGACAACCUGCGCGCACGUAUCGCGGAGCUCGAGAACUCGCUGACGGAUGCGGAUGCAGAGAUGCAGGAGGUGGUUGGUCGCAUGCAAGAGGCGCAGAUUCAAGUCCUCCAGCUGCAGGAGGAGCGCGAGGCCGCAGUUAGAGACACCCGACGCCUGGAGAAGCUCCUCCAGGAGGAGAAGGUCAAGGCGUUUGAGGAGAAGUUCAAGACUCUUCAGGCAUGAAGGGAAACCUCAUCAGGCGAGCUUGACAUGGCUGACCCAUAUACAGCAGAGGGCACCGCAGCCUUCACUAUUGCAUAAUGUUUUUGGCGCUGGAGUUUUUGGAUUUGGCUUGGGUUUGAAAGGGCAUUUCAGAAGGCGCAUCCUGGGGUCGUUGACGAAGAGUUCGUCUUCCCUCACUCCAUUGGCGACACUGUCGGCAGGCAGCAUUGAGCCACGAAGUCUUUGGAUUUUUAAAAUUCUUCCACAUACUUAUUCUGAGCCCGGUUUAUUCCAGACCACGGCUUGUUCUCCAUAAUGUUUCUAUAUAUAGUAUUAGUAGCUGUACAACUACAAAAUCAGAACAGUUCAAUCUGAAACCAUGUCGUUA